AUCUUCUUUUUGUUGAUUAGUGUAUGAAAGAAUAAUAAUUUUUCUAGAAUGAUUAAGACAUCAGACACUAUAUAGAAUUGUAGUGAAAUAAUAAAUUCUGGUAUCCAUUUAGUAUAAAUUGUCAUAUAAAUGAUUGUACAUCCUAAAAGAAUGAAUACCAUUCCAAAAAGAUUGGUAAUAAUUAGUACAUUGGCUAAUUUAAGUGUUUUAAAGUCAUUGUCAUUUAAAAUAUAUUCAGAUGGAUAUCCAUUAGGACAUAUAUUAUUGCCAUAUAGUCCAUUGAUAUAAAUUUGUUGUUCAUUCGAAUCUAAAACAUUUUUAGAUUAAGAUUCUAGGACAAUUGGUGAACUUUGAUUGAUCUCUUUCAUUAUGGAUUUAUUUUUUAAUGGAUGGAAUUGUAAUUAUUGUUUAGAAUUUGAAAAUGGUGCAAAGAAUUUAAACCCCAUUUUUAGAUUAAUAUGUGUUAGAAGUAGAAAUAGAGGAAGA